AUGGACCUCAAGAAAGAGCUAGUACAAGUAGACGAGGAGGAAAUAGGCCUCGACCGAGCAAACAUCACCUCCAACAACCAAAUCCAACUCCCCAUUCUCGACAACAGCUCCAGCUCCAGCUCCAGCACCGAUACUAACUCCUCUCCGACCCAAUCCCGCUCAUCUUCACACCUCGUCAACAGUCUGCGCGACCGCAAACACCACGCUGCUGUUAAAAUCCGCAAGACACUUCACAUCAGCAAACCUACAGAUGACAUCGACUCAGCCUCACCCAUCCUCGCCAAUACAGCGGAAGAAACAUCCGAUUCACGCCUCGAUCACAAACUCCCCGUGCCCGACAAGCACUCCGUCAAAGAGAUCCUGCACCACCCCAUCGACGCAGUGAAGAGCAAGGUUGGAGAUCAGGGGAAUCACGAGGUCGCGGCGAACAUUGCUGCGAAAGAGAUUCCGCAUGGGGACGAGGUUGAUUUGGUCAACGCACAUGACAAAGUGGGGAAUGCAAGGACGGAGAAAGAGCGGGUGGAGGCGACGGAUGAGGUGAAGAGGUUGAUAAGGGACAGGCAGAGUAAAUUUGCGAGGUGGUCACUUGAUCGUCAUGUUACGAAAAUACGGGUGUUGCCGAGGGAGGGCAUGAAGAGGAGGGAGAGGCGGGAGUUUGAGAAGAGGGAUGCGGAGGGGGGAGUGGUGGUUGAUUGGAGGGGAUAUGCGAGUCACGUAUGUAUUUUACCUCAUCGCUCCCAUUCGAUUCAUACUAACAUAUGUAGCUCCUGGUGUACCAUGCCCACCAAUAUGGAGGUAAGCCCCCAUGCCAAAAACCCCCCGUCUUCCUCACACCAUACUAACUUCACAUAA